CUUCGUACUGGCCUUUCCCCACCCUUCUACCAGGUCUGGUGCUGCUUUGGACUCUCAUCAUGGUCCCCAGACCGAGGAGAAAGGCAGGGACUGUGGAGGACGAGGAGCAGGAUGGGGAUUAUGAGAAUGAAGCUCCGUGCUACAGGGACCUUCCUCCCAAGCCAGGCUUCAUGGCACCACCAAGACCCCCAAGGGCAGGAAGGAUCCCAGAGAACCCUCCGCUUCCCCCCAAGGCCCUGCCGAUGACAGCCCUGGGCCUUCCGACUGUCACCUGCCCAUCCCGCCAAUCAGGUGGUGAUCUGGAACCUUCUCCAUUGCAGCCAUCCCUGACCCGGCCAACGACCCCGGUGCCCUGGAUCGGGGGCGAGCCCCGCGUCCCAUGGUGGCCCCGGGUGGGGCGGGCGGCGCUGCCCUGCGCGCUGGCGGCCGCUGCUCUGCUGCUGAGUGCCCUGGCACUGGCCGUGACCCUGACCAAGUACCAGGAGGUGUUGGAGGAGCUGAGGCGGGCGGCCUCGGAGCAGCUGGCAUGGCGAGCCAACGUGACUGGAGUGGCGGGGCUAGCUGGCUUGAGGAAGGACGUGGAUCGUGUAAGAGCUGACACUAGUCAAGCCAUGGUGGAACUUCGGGGCUUAGUAGAUUGUGGAAGGGUCACGUGUCCGGAUGGCUGGCUCCCCUUUGAGGACAAGUGUUACUACUUCUCUUCAACCACUGCGACCUGGGAUGAGGCCCGGCAGUUCUGCCAGGAGAGCUAUGCUCACUUGGUUAUCAUUAACAGCUUCGCUGAACAGAAUUUUAUUUCCAAGUUGCAUGGCUCUCCUCGGGUGUACUGGCUGGGGCUGACUGACAAGGAUCAGGAAGGGGAGUGGAGGUGGCUGGACGGGACGCCGGUCACCCUCAGUUUCUGGGACCCCCAGGAACCCAACAACAGCUACGAGGAAGAUUGUGCCAGCAUGAACAAGGGCGGCUCGUGGAACGACCUCUCCUGUGCCAAGACCACCUACUGGAUCUGCGAGCGGAAGUGCUCCUGCUGAAGCCAGGGUCCUGCGCUGGCGAGGGGCCCCCUUCUGAGGGCGAGGUCCUCUGCCCCUUCCUGCCCCAUCACCCCCUGUUGUGAACGGGUACAGUCCUUGUUUGGUUUGCACGGAGGGUGAGCUGAUGGUGAGCGGGCACAGGGUGGUGAGUUGCAGGAUGUUGGGGCUCAGUGGCUGCUGCACCGAAUUCGGGGCUCAUGGCUUCUGAAAAGCAGAGCCUGGCAGUCCCCAGGGGCUCCAAAUCUGACCAUGAACCUGAAGUGCAGU